AUGCGUAUUGGGCUGAUGGUAGGCAUCGGUGGCGGCGCACCUAGCCAGAAGCAUGACAUUCGUCUCGGUGAUAUGGUCAAUUGCAAGUUCCAAGACACAGGGUUCUUGAACCAGCCGCCGUUGCUGGUACUCUCAGCCGUCACUACGCUUAAGGGCAAAUAUGAAAUGAAAGGCCACCGGCUUAUCGACGAAGUGGACAAGAAGAUCGAGAAGAUCAAGAAGAAGAGCGCAUACAGACAACCUGCGCAAGCAAGCGACAGGCUAUAUAAGUCUAAUAUUGUACAUUCUUCGAGCUGCUGCGAUGACGUAUGCGGCAAUAAUACCGCCAGUCUCAUAGCCCGCCCUGAACGAGGCGAAGAAGAUGACAACCCUGCUAUUCACUACGGCUUGAUUGCUAGCGGCAACCAGCUGAUAAAGGACGCGCAUAUCCGGGACAUAUUGAUAAAAGAGAAGGACGUUCUAUGCUUCGAGAUGGAGGCUGCUGGUCUGAUGAACCACUUUCCGUGCCUUGUUAUCCGGGGGAUAUGCGAUUACUCCGACUCGCAUAAGAACAAGGAGUGGCAGGACUUCGCGGCCAUGAUGGCGGCAGCUUAUGCCAAGGAUCUGUUAUACCAGAUUGCGCCAGACACUGUUGAGGCUGAGAAGCCCAUCUCCAAUUCCAAGCGGGCGCACUUUGUUGUGCCAUUCCGCCGCGACUCCGAUUUUGUAAACCGGCCUGACAUCUGGUCAUGGAUUGAAACGCGAUACGCCGGAUCUGAAAUGUGCUUUGCUCUCGUGGGCCUCGGCGGAUUUGGCAAGUCCCAGGUUGCCAUACAGUUCCCUCACCAGGUCCACGAUACCUUUCCCGAAACCAGCAUCUUCUGGAUCAAUGCCAGCACGAGAGCGACCUUCCAAGACUCUUACCGUUCCAUAGCAGAAGCUCUGGAGCUCCCUAAUCGCCACGACCCUGGUGUUAACGUCCUAGCGCUGGUCCGCGACUGGCUGCAGAGAGAGGACGUGGGCCGGUGGCUGAUGGUUGUCGACAAUGCCGAUGAUGUUGAGAUGCUCACCAAGAUCAAUGAUCAAAAGGAUGAGUCGAUACCAAUAGCGUCGUAUCUCCCUAUGACAGGCAACGGCAAGAUCCUGGUCACGUCGCGCAGCAGGGAUGCGGCAGAAAAGCUGACGGAUAAUGGCGAGAUGAUCCUGAGAGUUUCGAAAAUGGAGACAAUCCAUGCACUGCAGCUACUCCAAAAGAAACUUGGCCAAGAUGUUGACGAAACCGCCGCAUUGCGCCUGGCUGAUUUCCUCGGCCACAUCCCACUCGCCUUGAACCAAGCAGCAGCGUACAUAUACAGACGACGUCGCACGACCAUACAAUCAUACAUGGACGAACUCCAAAGGAGUGAGAAGCGGAAAGACGCUCUGCUGCGUAGCGACAGAGGGGAUGCCCGACGGUACCCCGGUGUGUCCAAUUCUGUUGUUCUGACGUGGCAGUUGACGUUUGAGCAGAUCAAACAGGAGCAGUCCCGGGCGGCCAACCUUCUAUCGCUGAUGAGCUGCUUCCAGGCACAAAACAUCCCAGAAUACAUGUUGCACCACUAUCACAGCGACUUUUCUAGUGUUGAGGAGAGCGAUUUGGAGGACGACUUGGACUACAACGGGGUUCUGUGA